AUGACAAGCGAGGAGUACCUAGCCUACUGGAAGACUGCCGGUUGUGACGGGACUGAGCAGUUGCUCUACCUGAAGGACUGGCACUACUUUAAGGGGAAGGACUUUCGCAACUACUACUCUCAGCCCGUUUACUUCUCCUCCGAUUGGUUAAACGAAUUUUACGAAUUUCGUACUGACUGUGACGAUGACUUUCGCUUCGUCUAUAUCGGACCGGGAGGAACAUGGACGCCGCUGCACACCGACGUCUACUGCUCCUACAGUUGGUCUGCCAACAUUGUGGGUCGCAAACGGUGGUGGGUCUUUCCUCCCGGAGAGGAGAACAAGUUGAUAGUGUCACAUGGUGGUCAGCUACCGUCGGACAUAAGUCAAUGUGACUUUGCUGACCCAGAAACCCAGGAUUCCGACCUACCACGAUGUUAUGUUUUUGAUCAGCAGCCUGGCGAAAUGUUUUUUGUCCCUUCCGGCUGGUAUCACCAGGUUUUAAAUCUGACAGACUGCAUCUCGAUCAACAACAACUGGCUGAACGCGUGCAACGUCACUCUUGUAUGGCGACACUUGCAGGCACAAUUGCGAGAGGUGAAAAAGUCUUGCUCCGAUGUGGAAUCCACCCCAGGUUGGGAUGAUGCUUGUCAGGAGUGCCUAAAGGCAUGGGAGGGCUGGAACUACAGGGAAUUUUUUGUCCUUCUGAAGUACAUCCUAAUCUCGCGAUGGCUGCGUUUGACUGUACAGGAGGUACGACAGCGUCUACCCACGGUGGCAGGAAUACCAGGAGGUGGAAAGGUACCGUUGCAUGUGUUAGACGAACAAGUAGAGAGCUUACUCUCGGACAUAGCCAGUUCAGAGCCCCUUCUAGUAAAGUGGUUGACUGGUGACACCCUUGACAGCCGGCUGCAGAACUUCGUGGACGUCGAGACGACGACUUCUGUCAGUAGCAUUUGGCAGCACGAUCUUGUGGAAGCCACGCGGACGAUCAGAUCCAUGGUGGUGAAUGAGGAUUUGAAGCGAUUGCGUUUGCAUUCCAGGGGCCCUGCAGCCUGGCUCUGGAAGGUCGUCCUUGGUGGUCAAGUUUGA